AUGUCAAGUGACAAUGAGUUUAGCGAGAUCGGUGACGAACCACUGGAUGAACAUUGGUUUGAGAGAGAACAGGAAGAACUGCAGUUGGUAGUAGAAUCUGACGAGCCCCGGGUUCCUCCUGAAUCUGAGUCGUAUGAAACUAUUGCCGAAGAGCAAAUUGAUUAUGCUAAUGAUGAAAAACAAAUCAAGUUAGCAAUCGAACGACUAAAAAACCUGAGGUUGGAAUUGCAAGACCUUAGACACCGCAAAACUAGAGUGUUUAACAUUCUGACCGAACACAUCGAAAAGGGAUUGUGCGAGUCUGAUGUACCGAUAAAAAAUGGAACAAAAGAGGAAGUUGAACAUCACUAUGAAAAGCUAUUGGUGAAAUUCAAAAAUAAAAAAGAAGCGGCACUUAAACAAAAACAUGAUUUAAACGAAAAGUUAAUUAUAAAUACUGAAUACUUGAAAUCGAAACGCAAAGAAUGUGCAGAACUCACCGAAAACCAGUAUAACUUAGAAUUAAAAACCGCCGUUGGCAUGAUAUAUGACAAGACACAGGAAAAACUCACUCACUACGAUGUAGAAGAAAUGAUUGAAACCUGUAAAAGACAGGAUAUCAAACUAAACAAAACUCGCUUAGAAUUUAUUGUACAGAAACAAAAAUGUAAAAAGAUAAAAAAAGGUAUUGAAUAUUUAGCACCAAGCACAUUUAGCAUAAUUGAAUACCAGGAAUUAUCAAAGAAAAAUAAAAAGCUUGAAAAUAGUAUAGAAUCUAUGACAAAUAUCAAAACCGAAACUCUAAAAGUUCUUAAAUCUGAGUUAUCUAAAAUUCCUGAUAUUCACAGAAAACUAAUCAAUUUAAAAGACGAAAAGGAUAAAAACGAGUCUGAGUUAAAACAAAUUAAGGAUGAAUGGAGACAGCAUGUCAAAGCAAAGGCUCGUGACCAGAAAUAUGAACAACGACUAAAAAAGGGACGUAUAUCAGAUUGUUUUACUGAAAAUCCUUUACUUUUUAAUGAUUAUCUCGAAAGUAUAAAAAAAGAUAAAAUAAUCCAAAAGACUGUCACCGACUUACGUCAGGAGUUGUCCGAAGUUGAGUCAAUAAAAUAUCAAUUAACUACAUGUAUUCAAUAA